ACGCCCGUAGCUAUUCUUAUCUGUACAUAUUCUGGCAUGCUCUACAAAUCCAUAUUUAGCUCAAAGCUCCUACUAGCCUUCAGGGCUGGUGCCACCAGGCGAUGCCAGUCCACGUUGCCCAAAUGUCCCCACGACACCAGCAAGAUCAGUGAGCAGGACUUCUACAACGAACUCACCCUAUCCGGCGGCUACGGUAAACCCUUAUUUAUGAGUUACGUCACCGAAUCCAAUCCUUACGAGCAUCCACUUGAACCAUCUGCAAAUCCCCGGCCCACAGAAAUGCCUGAAGAGCUCGACUUGUGCGAUUUAAAGCACUUGGACUACUACCCGCCAGGGUCCUACGUGAAGGAUGUGUUGGACCAGUUGCCACCGCUACCCGGAUUUUUCAAUAACAAACGCAUCACCCCUUGGGAAAUAGCCCCCUGUUUGGAUAUUUGGCCCCAGCACCAGGCCUUUGAGGCUAUCCCACGCCAGGUGACAUAUCGGUUGAUCUAUGGCUCUACUAUCAUUGAAACAGAUAAACCCGAACUUGCCUUCUUAAACAUGGUUGACCGGGCCUCCAAGAAAGUUACUCAGAGACCCAGCACGGAUGAGGACUCGUUGGCAUUGGUGGAGGUGAUGAACAUCAAGCAAUACCUUGAGGGCCUCAUCCGGAAAUCGGGCAACUUGCUCUUUGUGGCGCCGGCCUCUGCUAUAAAGUUGCCCAAGUCCAGAUUUUAUUUGAAGAAGACCUAUAUUGACCAGAAAAUGAUGGAACGUACGUUGAAGUACGCCAUCAUGAAGCAUCUUCUGGAGCAUAUGAAGAUGAUCGACGUCUUCAUGAAGGGCACCGCCGAAAGUAUCCGUGCCGAAACUCGUAAGAGAGUGAGCACCUCCGUGGAUAGGUUAUUGCUCCAGGGCUUUGGCCAAGUUACCCGCAAGAUGCACUGUUAUAAUACCAACGAGGUGUUGCACAAGGAAGAGCCGCACUGCAUCAUCAUCAGAAAGCUGAUUAAGAAGGCCAGUGUGCCCGGAGCUGAUGCUGGCUCCGUGUCUGAGUCGUCGCCACCUUGCAGUGUGGGCACUCUUGUCUGGAACAGCAGAUCAGCGUACUCCAGCUACUGUAAGUUGAAGAAAGCCACUGUUGUCACCAAUCCAAGGUCAUAUGCCCGCCACAUGCACCGUUACGAGCGGCGAGUCUACGAGGGAAAGGAGAAAUCUCCAAGUGCCAUCAAACAGUACAGUUUCAAGUUGAGCGCGAGGCAGUUUAUGAGAUUGAGUAUCGUGGAGGGGGGUAGUGUCCAAUACAGACAUUGAAGAGACAAAAUUCCGACAGACUGGGGUCCCCACGGGGAACUAUAAAACGUAUAUGCAUCUAUAUAAAACAGGUUACAAGACGCGGUAUUUCGGGAAUUGGGUAAAUGAAGUACUCAGAGGAUUGCUCCAAAAAUGAAGGGUAACUAUAAGAGUAGGCUUGUGUCGUGUUAUUACACACUCUACGGGGGAGUUACGGAGUUUGGAAAACCCUUUUCAACUCUGCAGCAAGGAAGCUUUAACCUAAAAACACUCUCCGGUCAAGCCAUAUAUAAGCUUCUUGCUGGUUAUGGCUAGAACAAAGUAGUCGAUGAAAUUUCUGCCCAAUGGACGCACCCCUUAUUCCU